AUGACGGCUGGAUCUGGUGAACCAGUCCAGAGCUACUGGUACGCAUCCUAUUUGUCUGGAGACAACGGUCAUGAAUACUUCAGUAUUGCUUGUCUUUCCAAAGCUGCCAAACCAGGUUCUACCAAUUCCCUCGUCUCCCUAUUAGACAUUGAAACGGGAGAGUACUAUGGCCGAAACCAUCUCGUUCCGGGAGUUAUCUCGAACAAGACGUACGAUAUCGAUAGUGGCAUACUCAGGCAAUAUGCGAGUACAGCAGAUUUAGUAUCUGUUCAACAUGCGGAAAGCAGCGAUCCCCAUGCUACAUUUAACCUCACAUUCGAGCCACGAGGACCUAAUCUAUAUCAUGGAGGGUCAGGGGUCCAUUGGUGGGGAACUGGUUACACCAACGAAAUCGCAUAUCCCCAGCUGUGGGUAACAGGUACUAUCACCACGAACGGUACCACUGUAGCAGUGAUUCCAGAGAAAUCCCUUGCAUGGAUGGAUCGUCAGUGGGGUACUGGGGGUGCGAUUAAUGGAUGGUGGUUUUUCAAUUUCUACCUGCCAAAUGGUUGGGUGAUCGGUGGCUGGAGGACUCAGCCCGUUGACGAUACACCCAAGGUGUCGUCAUUCGCUACAGUGUUAUUUCCUGAUGGCCAUCAUGAGGUGCAUGCAAUGGAUCCCAAUGUGCAUGAAUCAGAUUCAUGGAUUUCCGCUGACACCAAUCUAACGUGGUAUGCGAAGUAUCAGCUCACAAUACCUACCAUUGACCUUACCCUCGAUGUCAAACUCCCACACAAGGCUGGCGAGAUGGCAUAUCUGGAAGAACUCGGCGCAGCAAUAACACUCUUCAAAGGUUACGCUACUGUCUCUGGAACACUCUGCAAAGAGAACAUUACUGGAUAUGGCCUAGUUGAGCAGAUAUAUUCUCUUACCGUCUAG